AGAAGUGAUGGAAGACUGGGGAGGACUGAGAACUUGAACUGGGUCUUCCUGGUGUACAGUGAUGGAGUGCCCAGUGAUAGAAACUGGCUCGCUUUUUACCUCAGGAAUUAAGAGACAUGCAAAAGACAAAAGAAUUUCAAAGACUGCUAAGCUGAAUGUUUCUCUUGCUUCAAAAAUCAAAACAAAAAUAUUAAACAAUUCUUCUAUUUUCAAAAUUUCUUUGAAGCACAACAACAGGGCAUUAGCUCAGGCUCUUAGUAGAGAGAAAGAGAAUUCUCGAAGAGUUACAACUGAAAAGAUGGUACUGCAAAAAGAAGUGGAGAAACUGAAUUUUGAGAACACAUUUCUUCGCCUAAAGCUAAAUAACUUGAAUAAGAAGCUUAUAGAAAUAGAAGCACUCAUGAGCAAUAGCUUGAUAACUGCAAUUGAAAUGAGCAGUCUUUCUGAGUUCAAUCAGAGUCCCUUUCUACUGCCAGCUAGCAAGAAGAAACGGAUUAGUAAACAGUGCAAGUUGACACGUCUUCCAUUUGCAAGGGUUCCAUUAACUUCAAAUGAUGAUGAUGAUGAUGAUAAAGAGAAAGAGAAAAAGCAAUGUGACAACAAUAUUAUAUCAAGGACAUCACCUGAUAUUCCCUCUUCAAUAGCAACAAGACAACCUUUAUCAACUCAGUCUAAUUUGGAAGUGUUAUUUCUUAAAGAAAAUAAUCAGAAUAUGUAUGGUUUAGAUGAUUCAGAACAUAUUUCUUCUAUUGUUGAUGUACUUCCCAAAGAAAUCCAUUCUCACUCAGACCAGAGUUCUAAGAGUUCUCUAAUAAGUGAGAUGAGAAAUGCCCCACCUAUGGGCCAUGAAAAGGAGAGACCAUCUUCUAGUAAUGUGACUGAACGGAAAAAGCGAGGGUCAUCUUGGGAGUCAAAUAAUCCUUCUGCAGACAUUCCCUGUGCAACAGAUUUAGAUCAACAAUGGGUUUCAAGUCCACAAUUAAAGUGGAAUGAUGAAAUAAAUGAUUGUACUAAUGAAACAAAUAUUAAAAUGCAAAGAAAUAGUCCAUGCCUUCCUGGCUUAUCUUCUGAGUCUGCCAGUAAACCUAAUGCAGAGUGUGUGAAUCAAGUUCAGGGUAAUGACAAUGUUGACUUUCAACUGCAGAAAACUGUGUAUGAUGCUGACAUGGAUUUAACUGCAAGUGAAGUAAGCAAAAUUGUUACAGUUUCAACGGGCAUUAAAAAUAAAAGUAAUAAAAAACUGAAUGAUUGUGAAAUAAAAACUUUCAGAAAAGUGAAAGAUUCAGGCUCUGAAAAAAAGAAAGAAAGAUCAAAGAGACAAUUUAAAAAUAGUUCAGAUGUGAAUAUUGAGGAAAAGACUGAAAAUAGUCCAGAAAGAAGAUCUGUUGUUUUGGAUGGCAGAAAGGAUUCAGAAGAUCCAAAUCUUAUUUCCAAUACUGGACAGAUGACUCAGGUGAGCAUACUGAAUAAAAUAACCCUUCGUAAUGGCUUUGAUGAAUAUGACAGACAAAAUAUACAGUAUAAUAAAAAGAAAAAAAGAAUACAUGUUGCAAGUGAGCAAGAGGAAGCAUACCCUUUCUCCCAAAGUUCAGAUAAAUUUCAGCAGGAGAGUAAAUUUGAUAUGGGUCAAAAUUCCCUCCCUUGCAAUAAAAGUAAAGCUUCUAGACAGACAUUUGUGAUUCAUAAGUUAGAAAACCAUAGCUUAUUCGCAAACCAAAAUGAUAGGGAAACCAUUUCUGAAAACCUGGAAGUCACAAAUGAAUUUCAAACAGCUGAUCUUUCCACCAAAGAUAAUGGAAAUUUAUGUGAUUAUGAGACCCAAAAUAUAUUGGAUUUGAAAAAGCAUGUCACUGAUACGCAACCUACGCAGAAAAAUGAAUCAAAAAUAAAUAAGCUUAGGCAGAAAGUUAAUCGGAAGACAGAAAUAAUUUCUAAAGUGAGCCAAAUAUAUGAAGAUAAUGGCAAAGAUUUGCAUGGCCCAGAAAAAAGUAACUUUUUCUUUCAAACCCAAGAGGAUAAAGAAACCAUCUCUGGAAACCUUGAAGUUUCAAAAGACUUUCAAAUACCUGCUGUUCUCACCAGGGGUAAUGGAAACCCUUGUGAGAUCCAGAAUGUGUUGGGUUUGCAAAAGCAGGUCAUCGAUGUAUACCCUGUUCAGCAAAACGAAUCAAAAGUUAAUAAGAAGCUUAGGCAGAAAGUAAAUCGGAAGACAGAAAUAAUUUUUGAAGUGAGUCAUUUAGAAAAUGACAAAAGUGUGCAUUACCCAGAAAAGGGUAACUCUUUCUUCCUAACCCGAAAGAUUAAAGAAAUCAUCCCUGGAAACCUAGAAGACUCAAGUGAAUUUCAAACACCUGCUCUUUCUACCAAAGAUAGUGGAAACCUAUGUGAUUAUGAGACUCAAAAUGUUUUGGGGAUGAAAGAACAUGUUCAUGAUAUGCAACCUACUUGUCAAAAUGAUUUGAAAAUAGAUAAAAAGCUUAGACAAAAGGCAUAUCGAAAGACAGAAAUAAUUUCUGAAAUCAACCAAAUUUGUGAGAACGAUGAUGAAGGUAUACAUGAAGUAGAAAAAGGUAACUUCUUUUCUUUAAUCCAAAAGGAUAAAGAAAUCAUUUCUGAAAAUCUACAAGUCACAAAUGAAUUUCAAACAGCCGAUCUCCCCACCAAAGAUAAUGAAAAUUUAUGUGAUUAUGAGACCCAGAAUAUAUUGGAUUUGGAAAAGCAUGUCACUGAUACGCAGCCUGCUGAGCAAAACGAAUCCAAAGUAAAUAAGAAGCUUCGGCAGAAAGUAAAUCAGAAGACAGAAAUAGUUUCUGAAAUGAACCAGAUAUAUGAGGAUAAUGAUAAAGGUGUUCAUGGCCUAGAAAGCUAUACAAAAGAUCUUCAUUUUAAAAUAAAUAAAUCUAAACAAAGACUUGAGUGCCAAGGCAUUAUUAGCGGAUACUAUACAGAAAUCAACAAUAAUGAAAAGGAAAGUUGUGAUCAAAUCCCAAAUCCUUAUAAACUAGCGAAAAAGCAUAAGAAAGAAUCAUCAAGCAAAGCAAAGAACAUUUUGACAAAAAUUAAGAACAAACCUAUUUUGCAGUUAACAGAUUCUUCACAGACAUCUAUCUCUUUAGAAUCUGGUUUUAAACAUGUUACUAAAGAAACAGAUUCUGAUCCUGGAAACCAAACUGAACUACCUAAGAAUCAGAAGCGGAGCACUACAACUCUCAGUAAAAAAGGAGAUCUCCCCUUUGUGGAAGUGGUCAAAGAAGGAGAGUGCCAGGUCAAGAAAGGAAAUAAAAUGACAUCCAAAUCAAAGAAAAGGAAGACCUUCGUAGAUCCUUCUCCAGAUAGCCAUGACGUAAUGGAGAUAACACCCAACACCAUUCAGGGAAAGUCAGUGGACUCUGAACAAGCUGAUAAGGAAAACAAUUUGGAGAAUGAGAAAAUUGUCAAAAUUAAGCCAGACUUUUACACAAAGGUGUUUAAACCUUUAUCUCAAAUAUAUUCACCUAACAUACAAGAUUCUUCCUUUGACAGUGUUCAAGAAAGUUCAGUACCUUUGAGUAUUUCUUCUACUAAGAGUCUGAUAAUAAAAGAAAAUUUUGCCCUGGAGAAUUCACCAGUCUUUCAAGCAAGUGAAGAUGUGCAUGAGAAGAUGAAAGAGAUGAAAUUUAAAGUCAACCAGAGAACACAAAAGUCAGGAAUAGGUGAUAGACUGUUACAGGACUUGACAAAUACCAGUGUUCCAAAUAACACUGCUGAAUCUGAAAAUAAGUCAGAACAUCUAUCUUCAGAGCUGCCAAGUAGAAGAAGAAGGUGUGUUCCUCUCGAUUUAAAAGAGCCAAGUCUCAAAAGGAAGAUGAGAAGAUGAGAUGGAUUUAUGGAUUCUGGUUUUUCUGAAUUCUGGAAGCAUAAUGAGUGAAUACAGAAAUACAACUAGGAUCAAGAAGAUGAAACAAAUGCUUGAUGAAAAGUUUUUGGUUUUUUUGGCCUUUUCAUGAAGUGUUGAUUUAUUCAUUCUGAGAUUUAGAUAU